UGUCCUUCUAUCUUCCCUGUUCAAUGGGUGCAGUUGCAAGUUAUGCUUCCACUUUAUACAGCUGUGUACUUUUUCUUGUGCUUUGGUUGUACUUCCUACCUAGAACAAAGAGGGUUUGAAAAUGUAAGGUUUUACUUAGAAUAACAUAUCAUUAGAAAAUCCUAAUUCUUAAUUCUAAAAUGGUACUCAUUUCUCAUUUAUAAUGAAUAUAUGGAGGAAGAAAUACCAACAUGUAUUUCUCUCCCAUUGAAUAUUUUUAGCAUUUUAAACUGGAGAGGAAGGUACAGAAGCAAACAGAGAAAGAAAAGGCAGUAGCUGGUUAUUAAAACAACUCAUAGGCACCUCAACAAAUCAAAGAAUAAUGGGGUCCAGCCAUCUCAUCUGUAGUUUCAUUGGGGUUGCGCUCCUCCUGUGGAAGUUACCUGGAUUUUCAGCUGCAUCCCGCAUUAACGUGGCAUUGAGCAGCAAGGCCAUUCAGUCCUCACUCCGCUCGUACCGUGAAAAGGCUGAAAACGCCAUAGAUGGGAAUAGCGACCCUGACUUUAGGCACCAAAACUGCAGCACUACCGACUAUCAGGCCAAUCCAUGGUGGAGGCUGGAGCUGCCUGGUGUGUACCGGGUGUCAGAGAUCCAGGUCACUAAUAGCAAAUACCAUAGGAAAUACAGUAGGGAGCGGUUGGAUGGCAUUGGAAUACACAUCGGGAAUUCACUGGGGAACAACGGCACCGACAACCCAAGGUGUGCCAUCAUCAUAGAAGACCCAGACUGCUUGACUCAGACUGUCAAAUGUUGGGGCAUGGAAGGACGAUUUAUCCACUUCUACAAGUCCUCUGAUCGAUUAACCUACCUGGGGUUGUGUGAGGUCAAAGUGUACGGAGAGCCGGCUGCACCCUCCAUGAGCCUUCAGGAGAUGGGGAGGAACAUCACUCUGGUGGGGACGCGGCUGUGCUGGUCAGACGCCCUGCUCUACUGCAGAGACUCUCACUGGGACCUGCUGAGCCUCAUGGGCCCAGAAGACCAGGAGAUGGUUGAUGAGCUGGUGGCUCACACCACCUUCAAUCUAACCAGCCACCUCUGGGUGGGCCUGCGCAGGACCCGUUCAGGAAGCUCCUGGUUCUGGAUGUCCGGUGACCCGAUGAACUUCACCCAAUGGGACGAGGGCUACCACCAUCCCAGCCCCUGUGGGAGUGUGUCCAGUAGGGAACCUUACACAUGGAGGCAACGCUCCUGUGAAGAACAUCUUAACUUCAUCUGUUUCACAGAUCCGACAGAAGGAUCGAAGAAGUUGCGCUUCUACAGUUCCACAAGAGAGAAUCAAAUUCGCUGCACCUAACUUGGCCUCACUGGGGAUUCAAGCUGCUGAUUCCGAAGAAGUCCUAAGUUUCUGAAUGCUGUACCUGAGUGUGUCUUUGGUAGCUAGCUUGUUCCUCAGCCACAUUUUGUGCUAGAGCGGCAUAUAGAAUACAUUUACUUUAGUAUAUAAUCGUAUUCAUAUAAUAAUCAUAUAAAUCAUAUAUUUAUAUAUUCUCUUUAUAAUCAAUGAACUUAUUUUUGAUCAGAGGUAGUUGUCUCAUGCAUCUAUCCUUUGAUUUGCAAUAUGGAGAUUGUGUGUUCAAGAUGGAAUCAAAAGACUAGAAAAAUAAUCGGUGGGGCUUUAGCUCUCUGUCUGGUUUAGCUGACUCAGAAAUUGUAUCCAAACGGUAGGGUUUUAUCUAGGGAUGUGUUUUUUCAAUAAUAUUAACUGUUUUUCCAGAUGUGAAUGUGCAGUUUUGUUUUUUUUGCAUAUAAAUGUAAAGUAGCUAAAGUUUGUUUGCUACUGUGAUCCUAAUAUCCCUUACCCCGAAGACUAAUUUGACUGUAUAAGUAAAUGACCGCUGUAGGUAGCCCAUCCAGACAGCCCUGCCACACACGGCCAGUCAAGGCAGCAGCUCAGGCCUCUGGUCUCCAGCAUGGAGGGGGGGAGGUGGCUUAGAGGUCACAUUUGGCUGGUGUGGGGACAGUGGGGCUGUUUUGGGGGGUCUACGUUUUCCUAUUAUUGGGGGCCAAGCAGCGAAGCUGCAUGACAACCAUUGUUAUUCUACGUUUUCCUAUUAUUAUCGCUCACAGCUAUUUCGGGGUCGCUGGCUCAAGAGCUCUAGCGCCACCAACAGGUCCAAGUUGUACAUGCAUUCAUGUUUAUAACUUUAGACCCAUUCAUCCAAUAUUCACAAACAAGGUAUCAUUGGAAUCCUUUGGCCAAAUGUUGUCCAAUCAUCUCGAAACUUGGCACAGAUGAUCUUCAGGCCAUGCUUGAGAAAAAUCAUCGAAUGGAUUUUUCAAAUUGAAAAUGUAUUGAAAAAUUUGACCGCAAAGCCACCAAACAUUGACAUAUCAUAACCAAACAUGGUACAUAGACCCAUGACAUCAUCAUGGGUACACUCAACGAAUUAGGUGACCUUUGACCUAUCGGGGGCGCUGUAAUUAAUGAAGAUGUGUUUUAAGAUGUGCUUUAACCAACUUAUUUUCACUGCCUGGUCAUACUGUAGGACCUCUUCAUAUAGCUAAUACAUUAUUUCUCAUGGAAACAUAAGAAUUUGGCUACCAUGUUGAAAGUUGUCAAAUUCAAUAGUACAUAUCCACAGGCAACAAAUUCUGUCCAAUCUUCAUGAAACGUACAAUAAAUGAUCUUCGGACCAAGCUGAAAAAAUUUGUUAAACGGCUUUUUCAAAUUCAAAUCCGUUUGGCCGUGACAGCCAAUCAACCUUGACGGCGAAGCUGCCCAACAGGAAGUAAGCCUGUUCUCAGCAACUCUUUUACAUAUCAUAGCCAAACUUGGUACAUAGACUCAUGACAUCAUUCUUGGGACACCCAAACAAUUUGGUGGCCUUUGACGUCAGGGGGACGUCAAACAGGAAGUGAGCUUAUAUCUCUGCAAGGCCUACAUGUAUCCAAACCAAACUUGGCUCAUAGUCUUAUGCACACCUAUCCUGAUGAUGCCCAAAUAAUUUGGCAUCAUCAACGCCUAGGGGGGCGUUGUUAGCAGCAACUCUAUUCCGGCCCUUAGAAAGCAACUUCAAUGUAUUUUCCUUGUGAUAACCAUUUGCCAAUAUCUUUCAUUGUAGGUGAAAUUACUGAGACGGUCAUCAUGUAGCCACCUAACCGAUUAUGUCUGUGCAGCAAAAUUUGUUUAUGGAGUCCUAUUCUGCUUGACACCCACAUUGCUGCUCGCAGCUAUAUUAUGGGGUCAAGCAGCGAAGUUGCGAGACAAUCAUUGUUAUUCUACGUAUUCCUAUUAUUAUUUUCCUGCCAUGGGAGUCUAUGGCAGCCCAUAAAACGCCUUGGUAAAAAAUUGAAAUUUGCCUUACUGAAUCAGGACAGUCCCAUGAUCCCUCAAAGCAAUUUCGGGGUGGCUAGCUGAAGAGAUCUAGCGCCACCAAUAG